UAAGCAUAGCUAGGCAGCACGCAGCAGCCCGUCUCGGCUUGCCUCUCCAAACCUCCGCAUCCUGGAACCCGCCCCGCCACGCCACCGCCAUCUCCCCGCGCCGCCGGCCUAAAACCUAGCCAAGCCAUCUCCCCCGCCCGAACCUUCCAACGCCGGCCGCUUCCUAUCUCAACCACUCGCCGCUCCGUCUGGUCUUCCUUCACACCGAUUACGUGGCGCACCUACUCGUGCUCCUCACCUACGUCUCCAGCGCUUCUGCUCUCCGCCGCCACUUCCGUCGCUCGGUCACCGUUGACUGCUGCUACGGCUAGCUGGGUGUUAACUGAAUCGUAGGAAUUUAGGAAUAUAGUUGGCACAGCCCGCCACGGCAUGGAGGUCGACGGCGAGGCACAACAUUUCCGCCUCUUCUCCAAGAGGGCCAAGCCCAAGCUCAAGCCCGAGGUCCAGCCCCAGCCGGAGCCGGAACCCCCAAGCCGUGACCCCGCCGCCGCCGAAGCCUACCUCGACCCUGCUCCCACAAUCGUGACCGAGACCGGCCAGGCCGACGACGCGGCGGACGCUGCCGGCACGGCGCCGGCGACCUUCGCGGACCUUGGCCUAUCGCAGUGGCUGGUGGAUGCGUGCGAAGCCCUGGGCAUGCGGCGCCCCACGGCGGUGCAGCGCCGGUGCAUUCCGCGCGCGCUCGCGGGGGCGGACGUGCUCGGGAUCGCCGAGACGGGGAGCGGCAAGACGGCCGCGUUCGCGCUGCCCAUCCUGCACCGCCUCGGGGAGGACCCCUAUGGCGUGGCCGCGCUCGCGCUCGCCCCCACGCGCGAGCUCGCGGCGCAGCUCGCCGAGCAGUUCCGCGCGCUCGGGGCGCCGCUCGGCCUCAGGUGCCUCGCGGCCAUCGGAGGAUUCGACUCGCUCGCGCAGGCCAAAGGGCUCUCGCGCCGCCCCCACGUCGUCGUCGCCACCCCAGGACGCAUUGCGACGCUCGUCAAAAACGAUCCUGACCUCGCCAAAGUAUUCUCCCGCACAAAGUUUCUUGUGUUGGACGAGGCCGAUAGAAUUCUAGAUGUUAAUUUUGAAGAGGAACUUCGUGUCAUAUUUGGCUGUCUACCAAAGAAGCGGCAAACCUUUUUGUUUUCAGCAACAAUGUCAGACAAUCUGAGAUCUUUGCUUGAACUUUCGGGGAACAAAUCAUACUUUUUUGAAGCAUACGAAGGUUUCAAGACAGUGGAGACCUUAAAGCAACAAUACAUCCAUGUUCCUCCACAGGGAAAAGAGCUUCAUCUUUGGCAUCUUUUGUCAGUUAUGAAGGGAAAAACGGAAGACCCUAUUCGUUCAGCCAUUGUAUUUGUCUCUACUUGCAAAGACUGCCAAUAUUUAGAUCUGCUGCUGGAAGAACUUCGUUAUCCUGCGGUUGCUUUGAACUCUCACAAGUCUCAGGCACAGCGGCUCUCAGCACUUAACCGGUUUAAAUCCGGUCAGGUUCCUGUAUUGCUUGCCACUGAUGUGGGCAGUCGUGGGUUAGAUAUCCAGACAGUUGAUCUUGUUAUCAACUACGACAUGCCGAUGUCUCCACGUGAUUACAUCCACCGGGUUGGACGAACUGCAAGAGCUUCAAGGGGAGGGCUCGCUAUAAGCUUUGUUACACAGAAGGAUAUAUGUCUUUUACACGAGAUAGAAGAUGUUGUGGAAAAGCAGUUGGAGGCCUAUGAGUGCAGUGAUAAAGAAGUUACUAAAGAUAUUACAAAGGUGUUCAAAGCAAUACGUCUCUCGAAAAUGAGGAGGAGGGACGAGGGACAUGAUGAGAAAGUAGAAGCAAGAAAAGAACAGAAGAGAAGAGAUCGGGCAAGAAAGAGGAAACAUGAAGACUAAAACCCAUAGAAGGACGAAUGUUGAAGGCCGCUGUGCCCGAUCUAAAACGUUAAACAUGAGAGGCAGUUGCUUGUUCAGUCUAGCGAGUAGCUUUAACCUGGAGGAGUCGAUGAUGACUCGCUCCAGUGAGCCCAUUCAGUCGACUGCUCUCAGUUUUGCCGGCGUUGUGCUGUGGAUGUAUAAAUUUAGGGGGUGGCUCGGCAGAUGUGCCACUGAAUUCGUGGCGCAGCAGUAAUGGACGAAACUUCACCAUUGCUUGUCAGUACUUACUUUGUUCUAAAGGAAUUAUAAUUCUCGCUCUUUGACGAGUUAAUCUA